AUAGUCCAAGAUAUUUCUACGUUCAGGGGAGUGCACCACACAUGUCUCAUCACUUUUCACAUCUGACAUCUCGCCUGGAGAGCAAGAACAGAAACAUUAACAAAAUUUGAUUGUUUUCUUCAAAUUCGCCUUUGAGACAGUGAAGACGACAUGCUGAGGCGAAAGCCUUCCAACGCCUCGGAGAAGGAGCAGGUGCAGAAGAAGAAGCUCACUCUACAGCGAUCAAGCAGCUUUAAGGAGUUCAUGAAGGCAAAAGUCACCUCACCCGUCUCACCAGACAAGGAGUUUGUCCUGGAUGGCACAUUUGAAGGUGUCACGGGCGGAGGGAAAAGCAGCAGCAAACUGGGCAAGAAGUGGCGCAACGUCAUCUCCCGCACAAUGACCCGUAAGACCUCCAAGAUGGUGCAGAAUGCUCUGGCGGAGGAGCAGAUGCUUCAGGGAGAGUACAAUGAGGACAUGUCCCCUGUGUCCCCCGUAUGGGGAAGUGAGAGAACAUCCACAUGCUCCACAAGCUCCGAGGAAGCUGCCUGCAGUCCCGUCACCUGCCCAUUUUCUGGCAACUGCGACAGACAGAGUCUGGACAGCGGUUACUGUCAGAGGGACAGCAUGAGACUAGAGGAGAACGUAGUGGCGUUCAAUGGACCUUUCUGCGGCCGAGCCAUCGUGCACACUGACUUCACACCCAGUCCUUAUGAUGUUGAGUCUUUAAAACUCCGGAAAGGAGAUAUCAUCCACAUCAUUGAGAAGCCUCCUGUAGGAACCUGGAUGGGGAAACUCAACAAUAAGGUGGGCUCCUUUAAGUUCAUCUACGUCAACCUGCUGCCCGACGAGAACCCACCGGUCCGACGGACACGUUGUGACAGCAAGACUAAAAGAAACAAGUCCAAACCAGCCACCCUGGAAGAGGUCCUGGACUUCAUCGGUCUGACGGAGUUGACAUCGUUGCUGUCCAUGCAUGGAUUCCAGAAUUUGGAAGAAUUCACAGGCCUGAAGGAGUCUCACCUUAAUGAGCUAAACAUCACUGACCCGGAUCAGCGUGCCAAGAUCCUGAAUGCCGCCGACCUUCUCCAAGACUCUGAGGCUGAAUCCAGUCCGCCGGAAGAUGAAGAAGAGAAGGCACAAGACAGACCCGAGGAGGACGCCAAGGAGCCAAGGGACUCGGGCUGUUACGAGAGCUCAGAACACCUGGAUGUUAAGCCUGAGGAGGUUCAACCAGAGGAGAAGAUUCACCAUGAGGAGUCAGAAACUGGCAAGGAGACGGAACACGAGAUUUUGGAUGACGUCCAACAACACCUUCAAGAACUGAGUGUUCAAGAAACUUGAGCCGAAUCAUGUACUGUAAUUUUUGGACUAUAAAUAUUACAUUGUAUUUUUUCCACCGCAGACAGAGCGCUCUCCGUUGUGGUCGCAUUACGAAUCAAAACAAAAAAAUAGUCCUGCUCAGAGGUGGGUAGUAAUGUGUUACAUGUACUCUGUUACAUUUAGUUGAGUAACUUUUUGAGAAAAAUAUAUUUCCAAGAGUUACUUCAUUAAGCCAUACUUUUACGUGAGUAGAUUUGUGAAGAAAAAAUGCUACUCUUACUCCGCUAGUUUGGGCUACACAAGAGUCAUUCAAUUUUGCCUUUUUAUUCUUCAAAUUAGAUUUUUUUUGGCUUGCGAUGCCAAGAGCAGCUCUACCAAUGAGACGUCGCAACAAUAAUCACAUGACUCCAUGACACCAAUCAGAUGAAAGCUUGCCGUUCUAUGAUCACGCCAGCCUGUUCAAUCACGUGGUGUCUUUAAAGCACAGUUUAAAAAAAAGGAACAUUUGACAUACAGUCCCUGACAAAAGUCUUGUCGCUUAUCCAUUUUGUAGAAACGAUUGCUAAUAACUAGGGCUGUCAAAAUUAUCGCGUUAACGCGCGGUAAUUAAUUUUUUUAAUUAAUCGCGUUAAAAUAUUUGACACAAUUAACACACAUGCCCCGCUCAAACAAAUUUAAAUGACAGCACAGUGCAAUUUUACUUGUUACUUGCGUUUUUUGGAGUUUUGUCGCCCUCUGUUGGUGCUUGGGUGCAACUGAUUUUAUGGGCUUAAGCAUCCAUGAGCAUUGUGUAAUUAUUUACAUCAACAAUAGCGAGCUACUAGUUUAUUUUUUGACUGAAAAUUUAACAAAUUUUAUUAAAACAAAAACAUUAAGAGGGGUUUUAAUAUAAAAUUUCUAUAACUUGUACUAACAUUUAUCUACUACGAGUCUUUCUAUCCAUGGAUCGCUUUAACAGAAUGUUAAAAAUGUUAAUGCCAUCUUGUUGAUUUAUUGUUUUAAUAAACAAAUACAGUACUUAUGUACAGUAUGUUGAAUGUAUAUAUCCGUCUUGUGUCUUAUCUUUCAUUUACAGAAAAAUAUGGCAUAUUUUACAGAUGGUUUGAAUUGCGAUUAAUUACGAUUAAAUAAUUUUUAAGCUGUAAUUAACUCGAUGAAAAUUUUUAAUCGUUUGACAGCCCUACUAAUAACCUGACUUUUAAUUAUUCAAUUGGUUUCAGAAAUGGUUCAUAUGAAAGCUAAGACCCUGCCAAAUGAUGCUGAAUGUACAAAAAUAUAUUUGUUUCAUAAAUGAAGACAUAAAGGUCAAAUUUUGGCAAGACAAAAGUUUUGUUGCCUACAGAAAGUAGUGUGAAAAUUGAAUAAAAAAUGUACUUCAAAUACAAAAAUGUUACAUAAGCGAAUUAAGUAGUGGUGCUGUAAGAUCCAAAUUGAAUAUUUUGUAUGACUUCCAUGGGCUUGAAGGACUGCAUCCAUGCGGUUCGGCAAGGAUUCAUCCAUUCAACAUCAUUUGGGAGGGUCUAAGCUUUCAUAUGAGCCAUUUCUGAAACCAAUUGAAUAAUUAAAAUUC